CGAUAGGUGGAACGUUGAAUUGUGUUUUAGGUAGAAUGUAACUGACAAGGGUUAUAGAGGUAUCAUUCUGAUGCAAGGAAUUAAGGAUUUAAAAAGCUUGGCAAACACAUUUCUAUUUUAUUUGAUAUGUAAAUUUGUAGAUCAGGAAUAAUCCACAAAGGAACUUGAUUGAAUAUAACAACCCUUAGUACAUGUAGUAAUAAGAAAUACGUUGUAAUUAAUACAAAUAGUGUACAAAAUGACUUCAAUGACCUCUGCGCAAGAUAUUACCAUCCAUGUAAAUGGUAAAGAAAAUGGAGAGUCAAAUGGCCAUGGUAUAUCAAAUGGAGUGUAUUACAAUGAAAAGCGUUCUGAAGUGACAGUGGUGACAGACAAAAAACAAGCACUAGGAAUCUUUGGAUUGUUUAAGUAUGCUGACAAGAUUGACAUCGUAAUAUUGAUAUUUGGGACAAUAUUUGCAAUUGGACUGGGUUCAUGUAUGCCUUUAAAUCUGCUAUUGUAUGGAGAGGUUGCUAAUGCUCUGAUUCAAUACACAAAUUAUGUGCAACUUUUAUCAAUGCAAAAUUUGACCUCUAAUGUGACCAAUCCACAAAUAGCUGCACUUGAAAAAUAUGCGAAUGUUUAUGAUACAGCAGUAGAAUAUGCGUUUUUGUUCAGCAUGGUUGGAGUCGGUGCAAUUGUCACUGGUUUCUUUGCUGUAAUGUUAUGGACACUCGCAGCUGAAAGGCAGAUAAAGAGAAUUAGACGAUUAUAUUUUGAAUCAGUGAUGAGACAAGAAAUUGGUUGGUUUGAUACUCAUGAAAGUGGAGAAUUGUCAACAAGAUUUUCAGAAGAUAUGCAUGUAAUUCUUGAUGGUAUGGGAGAUAAAGUUACCACAAUGAUACAAUGGGUUACUACAUUCAUUGCUGCUUUUGUCAUUGCGUUUAUAAGUGGAUGGAAGUUAGCAUUGGCUUCUGUAGCAUUUUGUCCUGUACUUGUAGUUGUUGGGGCAUUUAUGACAAGGUGGUUACAAACUAUUUCACGUAGAGAAGCCCAGAGUUAUGCUAGUGCUGGUGCUGUGGCUGAGGAAGUGUUUCUGUCAAUAAGAACUGUCAUGGCUUUCAAUGGACAGACAAGAGAAUGUGAAAGAUACAAUGAAAACCUGAAACAUGCAAACCGUCAAGCAUUUAGGAAAGGAAUAGCUACUGGUCUAGGGCUUUCUGUGUUCUGGUUCUUCAUUUACUCAGCUUUUGCUGUGGCAUUCUGGUAUGGUAUAUAUUUGAUACGAAAUGGAGAAGCAGGAUUCGAACCAGGAAAGACUUUAACGAUAUUUAUGGGAGUGAUGAUUGGUGCAAUGUCACUGGGUCAAGCCUUUCCAACAUUAGAGGUUAUAGGCAAUGCCAGAGGGGCAGCAGAGAAGGUGUUUGAGAUUAUUGAACAGAAAUCAGAAAUUGAUUUCUCCUCCAAAGAAGGAGGCAUACUGGAGAAGGUGGCAGGAAAUAUUUCAUUUAAAAACCUAUAUUUUACAUAUCCAGCUAGACCAGACGUACAGGUUUUGAGAGGGUUGUCACUAGACGUCAGAAAAGGUCAAACUGUUGCAUUGGUAGGAUCCAGUGGAUGUGGAAAGAGCACAGGAAUCCAAUUAUUACAGAGAUUUUAUAACCCAGAACAAGGGGAGAUUUUUCUGGAUAAUGUGAAUAUUAAAGAUUUAAAUGUGAACUGGUUACGAAAACAGAUGGGUGUAGUCAGCCAAGAGCCAGUUUUGUUUGCCACAACAAUUGCUGAUAAUAUAAAAUAUGGUAGAAUAAAUGUGACACAAGCAGAAAUAGAACAGGCUGCCAAGAUGGCCAAUGCUCAUGACUUUAUCAAACAGCUACCUAAGGGGUAUGAAACACUAGUGGGAGAUCGUGGUGCCCAGUUAAGUGGUGGUCAGAAACAGAGGAUAGCCAUAGCAAGGGCGUUAGUAAGGAAUCCUAAAAUCCUUCUCCUCGAUGAAGCUACAUCAGCGCUAGACAAUGAGAGUGAAGGAAUUGUACAGAAAGCAUUAGAAAAGGCCCAGGAAGGCAGGACCACCAUAGUGAUUGCCCAUCGUCUGUCCACUAUAAGAAAUGCUGAUGUGAUUUAUGCAAUAGAUCAAGGAGUUAUAAAAGAGAGUGGAACACAUGAUGAAUUAAUGGAGAAGCAAGGAUUGUAUCAUCAGCUAGUUAUGUUACAGGCCAAGCACCUUGACAAAUCAGAGGAAGUUGUGGAAGGGUUAGAACAUGAAUUCUUUGCAAAUGACGAGGAAAUUGGGGAAAAAGAUUCAUUGAUACGCCCAAGGACAUUCAGCAUAUCAUCGUUACAGAAACACAAGCCACAGUCUCAAGUUUCUGUUAUCAGCAGUCAUAGUGAUAAAGAAGAUGAUCAGAAAGAAGAAUCUGAAGAUAUACCAACUGUUCCAAUGAAGAAGAUUUUAAAGAUGAACGGACCAGAAUGGCAUUUAAUUGUGCUAGGAAUUAUUAUAUCUAUCCUGGCUGGGGGAUUUCAGCCAAUGUUUGCCAUUAUCCUGUCGGAAUUUUUAAAGGUGUUUACCAUUCAAGAUGAUGAUGAAGCUAAAUCUACUUCUGAAAUGUUAGUUGGAAUAAUAAUGGCUGUAGCUAUUGGUUCAGCUACCUGUAAACUUAUUGUUAAUUUGGCAUUCUGUGUAGCUGGUGGAAAUUUGACAACAAGAUUGAGGAAGUUGGCUUUUAAGUCACUUGUUUGGCAGGAUGUAGAAUAUUUUGAUGACCACAGAAAUACGGUUGGUUCCUUAAUAACAAAACUUUCAUCUGAUGCCACACUUGUACAAGGGGCAACUGGGUCAAAAAUAGGAGUAACAUUAGAAGCUCUUACUACUAUCUCUGUUGCACUAGGCAUUUCAUUUUACUACAGCUGGAAGUUAACACUGGUUACACUUGGAUUCAUGCCAUUUAUGAUUGCUACAGGAAUUGUACACAGUAAAAUCCUGACAGGAUUUGCAAGGGGAGAUAAAAAUUCCUUAGAUCAAGCAGGAAAGCUAUUUUCCGAGGUUGUGGAUAAUGUAAGAACAGUUGUAUCAUUGACAAGAGAAGAAACAUUUAUAGGACUGUUUAAUGGACAUAUAAAACAUGUUUAUGUAUCAUCUAGGAAGAGGGCUGUCCUGAAUGGUUUAGUUUAUGGUAUAUCUAACAGUAUAAUGUACUUUGCUUAUGCUGGUGCCUUUACCUAUGGAUCUUAUCUUGUACAACAAGGGGAGCUGGAGUUUCAUCUGGUAUUCAGGGUAUUUGGUGCAAUUAUAUUUGGAGGAAUGCACGUUGGACGAACAUUGUCAAAUUCUAUGGACUUCAAGAAAGGACAAUUAGCAGCAGGCCGACUAUUCCAGGUUAUUGAGAGAACACCUAAAAUAGAUGCACAAGAAGACAAGGGAGAUAAGCCAGACAAAAUUGAUGGAGAUAUUGAACUAAGCAAGGUGAUGUUCCAUUACCCAGCUAGACCAGAUGUACAAGUUCUGAAAGGACUGACAAUCAAGGCCAAACAAGGAGAGACCAUAGCUUUAGUGGGGACCAGUGGGUGUGGCAAAAGUACAACAGUCCAGUUAUUGGAAAGGUUUUAUGAUCCAGAAGAAGGCCAAGUGAUGCUUGAUGGUAAAAAUGUUAAAGACUUAAACAUAAACUGGUUACGAUCUCAGAUAGGAAUAGUUUCUCAGGAACCAGUCUUAUUUGACACAAGUAUUGCAGAGAAUAUUGCUUAUGGUGAUACAUCAAGAAAUGUACCUAUGUCAGAGAUCAUUGAAGUAGCUAGAUCAGCAAAUAUACAUACUUUCAUUGAAAGUCUUCCACAUGGAUAUGAAACAAAUGUUGGUGACAAAGGAACACAACUUAGUGGUGGACAAAAGCAGAGAGUUGCAAUAGCUAGAGCUUUAGUGAAAAAUCCUAAAAUACUUCUACUGGAUGAGGCAACAUCAGCAUUAGAUACAGAAAGUGAACGAAUUGUUCAGGAGGCCCUUGAUAAAGCUCAGCAGGGACGGACAUGUUUAGUUAUAGCUCAUAGACUAUCCACCAUCAGGAAUUCAAACAAAAUAGCCAUCAUACACAAAGGAGAGGUUGUCGAGUUAGGAAAUCAUGCAGAACUUAUGGCAUUUAAAGGAAUUUAUUACAAAUUAAGUACUCACAAUCAAGGGAAAUAAUCCAGAUGGUAACCAGACUGUGAAUAAUGACAAUCAUGUACCUUUGUUAAUGUCAGGAUCUCUCUUAUUAUAUAAUUCAUGCAGGUUCUGAAAAAAUCUUAGGAUAUGCUGAUUGUUGGUGUUUAAUGCAUCUUUCAGCAAACAUAACUGCAUCUUAAUUGUCAGUGUUUGUUGGUGGAGAAAGUUAGUGUAUUGGAUGGAAAACCACCAACCUUCAACAAAAAAACUGGUAAUCAUAAAUCAAUUAGGAUUGGAGGCAAACACAUCCUGCCAUGAGCAAGGUUCAAACUCACAACCACCGUGUUGACAUGAUAUUCAUCAAUGCAGCUGAUCUACAUAGACCACUUCCCAAUUGAUGUCCUACUAUUCAUUAGGUAUAAAACCACUAAUUCAGGCUGGUAAGACCAAACAUAUAAAAGUUGAACCUAUCUUAAACAAAAUAUUCCUGUAACUUUGUCAAAAGAAUAAUUAUAGAAUCAAAUGAAAGCUUUUGGAGAACUUUAGAUCACUGUUGAACCCUUGUUGAAACUUUUUCUUAAAUAAGUAAACAAAAGUAUUAAAUUAAAAUAGGAAGGCAUAUUUGCUCUCUUCCUCCGGUCAGCAGGACAAAAGUUUUUGUUUUUUCAUUUUCAAAUAUCCAUGAACAUGUGUGCUCUAAUAUGCAAUAAUUUUUUGAGAAAGUCAGAAUGAGGUCUAGUUUUGACAUGACUGUCAUUUUAUUUGAAAUUAAGAAAAAAUAGCUAUAAAUGCUUAAAAUAACAGAAUUUAACAAAGAAAGCAAUAGGACUAUGAAUUAGUGGUUUGAUUCCAUUUUAGGAUACUGACAGGAACAUUUUUGACCCAUAUGACCAACAGUUUUGAAAUAAUUGAACAAAAAAGUGUUAUGUUUUUUAUUUAUAUAUUGUUGUUACAGUUUACUGUUAUUAUUUCGUUAUUUAUUGUUCUACAGCAUUUUAAUACAUGAAUGAUUUAUUGCAAUAUGAAAAUACACAUAAAUGUUAAAUGUUGUCCUCAAUUCAAACAAUUAGAAUUUGCCAAAUUUAUUACAUCAAUUAAUAUUACCUCAUUUAAAUGUUAUGUAUUAAAUUGCCAAUUGCACCAGUCAUAUUUGUCCUAAAGACAUUUUUGACUUGCUAAGUUAUUGCCAUUCUUAAAUGUGAUAGUUUUCAGGUUGCAUAUAUUUGCACAUUUUUUUUCUGGAAUUAAUGGAAAUUGAUGACUUUUUCAGUUUGUUUGCCUGUCAUGUGUAGUUGUCUGCCAAUUUUAUUUUUUAAAACUUCUAUGAUAAGUGUCUGCAUGAUUGUUUGGUUAAGAUUUGAGAUAACAUAAACUCAUUUAUAUCUGCACACUACAGUACUUCUCUUCCUAAACCCCUUAUUACAAUUUUUAAAAACUUCCUCAAAAGUGUUACCAUAUAGAUAAAUGCAAGUCUUAUAUUGUUAUUGUUGUCAAUUAUUUGGGGAGUUUCCCUUACAAAAGCAUGGAUUUUGCAGGCGUAUGAUUUUGUGAGCUUUGCUAACAAUAAUUUUUCAGAUGGUAAAUUUCCCCCCUCCAUUGGUACACACAUUGUACAAUUAUAAUUUUUAGCAAUAAUCCAUAUUUGUUCAAGUGAUUGUUAUGAAAUUGUAAACAAUUAAAAUAAUAAGGUUUUAAGUUCCCUUUUAAUGUUGUUUGUCAACAUACAUGUGAUAAUUUAGAUCCACAUUGCUGACUUUUGUUUAAUUAAAAAAAAGUAGGCAGGAAGCACUCUUUUUAUUUUGAGAAAUAUCUUACAUGUGGUUUGAAUUUAGGUGUCUUAAUUAUAAAAAGCAAGUAAGCCAUUUUUUUGUUUGUUUGAUAAAAGUGACAUCACAAUUUGUUUUUUUAACUUGUUCAUAAAUCAAAGUAAGGAUUUCUGAGAAUCCUCUUCCUAUUUCUUAAAAAAAUUAGUGCAAUUAUGCAUUCAUGACAGAGCUAUUUAUUCUCAUACUCUUUGAAAUUUUCUCUUUAUAUAUUUGGAAUUCUGAAUAAAAAUGUUGAUAUGAAAAAUAACCCUUUAUUAUAGAAUGGAAAAAGUUGCAUUAUUUUAGCAU